AUGGCAGGUGAUGGAUCGUUGAGGGCAACUACCUUAUCAGAGGAGGAACGUACAACACUUGAUGACUCAGUUGAUACCCUCGAGGACGAUGAUGACUUAGAGCCCGAUUAUACUCCCACUGAGCACCUGUCCAAGCCAACCCUAUCACCCGACUACACACCGGCUGGGCUAGAGCUUCUUAUUUCCGAGUACGAGCCCAAUGCGGAUGAGGAGGACACUGCCACCUCACCAGAGACCUCACCACCUCGCCCCACUCCCACAUAUUGGUCUUACAGUACACCCACAGGUACUCGGGUGAAGCAGACCCCGAGGAAGGUUGCUGCUACCCCUCACAGAAGAGGGCGGCGUCCCACCAUCAUCACCACCGAUAGAAAAGAAAUAUCACGGAUACGCCGUUUGGAUGCCCUAGAUACGAGCCAGGGUGCAUGA